UCUCUCACUUGUCAGUUAUGAAAACAGUCGAAAUGAUCUUUUACAACUAUAAACUACAGUUUGUAUCAUUUAAAGUUUUUCAGACGGUUGUUAUUUCUUCCACCGAGCAGCGAAAACUAGACUUGAACCGGCCAUUCGUGUGGGGAAUGUUGAUAGUGUAACACAGGCUACGGUACAAGACGCCGCUCGCAUCUUUUCACCGGGAAUUUUCCUUUUAGCUUCUUUUUACGUUAAAUUAUUUCUAUUUUAUUCGUUGUAAAUGAGUUGCAAGGCAGACAGCGAUGAUGACAGGUGCAGUAAACGGAGAGUCGCGUACGUCUACAGCCCGGAGUACAUCGAAACCUGCGACAGUUUGUCCAAAGUACCAAACCGGGCAAGCAUGGUCCACUCCUUGAUAGAAGCCUAUGGACUUCUGGGACAUAUGAGCGUUAUUAAACCUAACGUGGCCACCAUAGAAGAAAUGGCUAAAUUCCACACAGACUCCUACCUGGAGCAUCUUCACAAGAUCAGCCAGGACGGAGACAACGACGACCCCCAGUCAGCUGACUACGGACUGGGUUAUGACUGCCCUGUAGUGGAGGGGAUUUAUGACUAUGCAGCAGCAGUAGGGGGCGCCACACUCACAGGAGCCCAGUGUUUGAUAGACCAAAAGUGUGAUGUUGCUAUUAACUGGGCAGGAGGAUGGCAUCAUGCUAAGAAGGAUGAAGCUUCAGGCUUCUGUUAUGUAAACGAUGCCGUGUUAGGAAUCCUCAGACUGAGGGAGAAAUACGAGAGAGUCCUUUAUGUGGACGUCGACCUGCAUCACGGAGAUGGUGUUGAAGAUGCCUUCAGCUUCACAUCCAAAGUCAUGACCGUGUCUCUGCACAAGUUUUCCCCUGGAUUCUUCCCAGGUACCGGCGACCUCUGCGACACAGGGCUGGGUAAAGGCCGUUGGUACGCCGUGAACGUCCCACUCGAGGAUGGCAUCAAAGACGACAGAUACUACCAGAUUUUCACAAGCGUGAUGCAGGAAGUGCGGGCGCAGUUCAACCCAGAGGCUUUGGUGAUGCAGCUGGGUGCUGACACCAUGGCGGGCGACCCCAUGUGCUCCUUCAACAUGACCCCUGUAGGAGUGGGCAAGUGUCUGCAGUAUGUCUUAGGCUGGCAGCUACCUACACUACUGCUGGGAGGAGGAGGUUAUAACCUGGCGAACACGGCUCGUUGUUGGACCUACCUGACGGCGUCCGUGCUGGGAAAGACUCUAUCCUCCGAGAUACCAGACCACGAGUUUUUUACAGAAUAUGGACCUGACUAUUCCCUGGAGAUCUGCCCAAGCUGUAGACCAGACCGAAAUGACUCCAAACACCUGGACCAGGUCAUCACCACCAUCAAAGGGAAUUUAAAGAAUGUGGUUUAGGACUCAGCAGCCUCAGCCUCCUUUCCAAACCAGGUCGAGGCUCUGUGGUUUUAAUGAAGACAAUAUGGAGCGGACCCCUUCGGCCCCGAGGCACGGAGCGAACAAGGGAGGGGGAACGAGACCGGGAGAGGGUUUUGGAAAACAUUAGGCGAGUGUUUCCAGGGGAAAACAGUUUAAUAAGAGGAGGGGGGGCGAUGUGGUCGCUGUACAGUUCACUGUUUUUAAUCCUUUUGUCUUUUUAAAAAAUGUACGUCUGCUGUGUGAAUGAGACAGUUUUUGCUGAGUUCAGUGUGGUCAUGUAUGAUCUUUUGGUAUGAAAAGAUUUGUUGUGUUCAUCCUAUCAGCCAGAGACAUUUUAAACUAAACGUUAAAACAGAUUUUUCAGGUGUCUGGUUUCACGUUCGCCCCACUGCCGUUGCGAUUUUAUCCCCUCAGGGUCGGAUAAGAGCUAAAACAGACAAGUUUCCCUAAACGCCUUGUUAUGCUUUGUGUCUGAAAAAGUUCCAGAAGUUCAUGAAAUGAAUGAAGGGAACAUUUGGAAGUUUACAAACAAACAAACAGAUGUUUUGACCUCUGGGCAACAUCUGCAAAUGAAACAUCUGGACAGAGUUUGGAUUUCAAAAUGGAAAAUAUGCAGGGAAAGUUAUUUUUUUUCUCCCCCAAUUGAUAGGCAUUAACAGGAAUUUUAAGAGGGUUUAAACAAAAGCAGAAAUCUUAAAUGGUCUGGGACAAAUGAAGAAGAAAAGAUGAAUUCCUUUCAGGUCAAAAAACAAACAUGGAUGCUUUUUGAAGACUGAAAUACACAAGUUUUUUUGUAAGGACCAGAAACAUGCUAUCAAUUUUAUUAAAUGUACUUUGUCAUUUUUCUAAGAAACCAUAUCCACGAAAGAGUUUUAAAUCUGUUGGAAAAAGUCUGCUGGACAAGUAGAUCAAAUAAAAGAAUAAACAGAA